UUCUAGUUUCCUCUGUUCAACAUGGCGUCGGGAAAGUAAGACUUCGGCUAAUAUCACACAGUUUGCCCUGAAGUUAGUCCGCUCCCGCCCUUCUGAUUUUUGGAGAGUUUCCAAAUACGUCGCGGGGUCGGCAGAAAAAGUUUUCCUGGGACAUCCCUGGUCUGAUGCUCGGCCACAGCUGCCAUCAUGUUUGCCAAAAAGAAGAAGUCUCGUAUCCAGAUCUCAGCUCCGUCCAACUUUGAGCACCGUGUGCACACGGACUUUGACGAGCAGGAGCAGAAGUUUGUCGGGCUGCCGCGGCAAUGGCAGUCACUCAUCGAAGACACGGCGCAGAGGCCCAAACCCUUUAUCGACGCGACCAUCAUCACUACUGUAGAACCGCGAAAGACCAUCGUACGCGGCAGCAGGAUGGGAACAGAGUCUCUAACAUGGCUGUUGGAUGAGUUCGACACCAUGUCCGUGACUCGCUCCAACUCCCUGCGGCGAGGGAGUCCUCCAACACACCCUCGCAGGGACUCGAGCUCUUCAGGAGGAGGUGGAGGGCAGGAGAACGGAGAUCCUCAACACAGACACUACUCAGACAGACAAGACAGAGACCGACUCAGACAAGACCAGCAGAGCGGAGGUGACCCCCGCCACCAAGGUCAGCGCGGAGUCCGUCCUCCUCACACAGAUGAGGUGAUCCAGGGCCGCCCCCAACAGCAGCCCCGGGGUCAAGAGCCCAACAGAGCCCAGAGGGACAGACAAGGCCCCCCUCCUCCCCCUCACAGAGAUAGACAGCCUCGGGACAGAGACCAGGAUCAUGGGGCUCAGCGGGAUCAGCCUGGUGACCACAGGCCAAAGUCCAGCUACGUGGCACGGGACAGCAGUCCUCAGUCUCCCAGAGACAAGAGGCCUCUCUCAGGACCCAACAUACGCACCCCAAAUCUGCCAAUGUCUGAGGGCGUGAUGAAAACUGCUCAACAAGCCACACGGCCGUUUAACACCUACCCGCGGACAGAGAGCGAUGGCGGGCGCAGCCCCACUGGACAGCUGCAGGUGGUGAUCAUGCGGGACUAUCACCAUGAGAACGUGGUGGAGAUGUAUAACAGUUACCUGGUGGGAGAUGAGCUCUGGGUCGUCAUGGAGUUCAUGGAAGGAGGAGCGCUCACUGACAUCGUGACACACACAAGGAUGAAUGAGGAGCAGAUCGCCACAGUGUGUCUGUCCGUCCUGAAGGCGUUGUCUGUCCUUCACACACAGGGUGUGAUCCAUAGAGACAUAAAGAGCGACUCCAUCCUCCUCACUCAUGACGGACGGGUGAAGCUGUCCGACUUUGGUUUCUGUGCACAGGUGUCUAAGGAAGUGCAGAGAAGGAAGUCUCUGGUUGGAACUCCAUACUGGAUGGCACCAGAGCUCAUAUCCAGAUUACCUUACGGACCAGAGGUGGAUAUCUGGUCUCUGGGUAUCAUGGUCAUAGAGAUGGUGGAUGGGGAGCCACCGUACUUCAAUGAGCCGCCACUCAAAGCCAUGAAAAUGAUUCGAGACAACCUGCCACCCAAACUGAAGAAUCUGCACAAGGUCUCCCCUCUGCUCAAAAGCUUCCUGGACCGGAUGUUAGUGCGAGACCCGGCUCAGAGGGCCACCGCCAGCGAGCUUCUCAAGCACCCGUUCCUGUCGAAGGGGGGGCCGCCGUCCUGCAUCGUGCCUUUGAUGCGGCAGAACAGGAUGAAGUGAGAUAAGACGCGCCACUAAGACGCCUGGACUCUGGAGAUGGUGUUACAGGAUACUCCUGCACACACAGGAGUGACCCUCGGAGGUCACAGACAGGAGACGUGAAAACAGGGUGUGCAGGAGUAUCCUCUGUGAGUCACUGAACUGCGAGAGUGAAUUCCCUAAAACAAACAGAGGCAAUAAGGUGGAGUGUGUGUGUGUGUGUGUGUUUCAUACAUGUGUGUGUGAGCAGCAGAGGAGCCUCCUGCAAACACUUUUACCUGAAGAGCCUCACCUGGAAAGAUUAAGAACUGUGGAUCUUUUUUUUCUCCUAUCUGUGGCCCUUACCUGGAUUUGAGGUGUGAAGGUGAGGUUUUGCACACCAGUCUGAUGCUUUGAAGGAGCCGAGAGCCCAUUGGCUGAUUUUUAACAUCACUAUUGGACAAUCUGUAAGCCUAUUUUUCUUUCUUUCGUUUUUUUUCCUGCAUUCGGAGACUGUCCUCAUCACAGCCAGAACUUACUACUGAGAGAGGAAAUCUUGUGGCUCCGACUUUAUUCUGUAGCCUUAAAAACACUAAUUUCCUGUCGUAAACAAGCAAACGUACACUAAGUGAAAAAGUAAACACUGGAGUCGUGGUUUCAGAUGAAUUUUCUUCUUCUUUUCUCCUGAAGUACAAUGAACAUAGAGAGCUAUAUCACUUGUGAUGUUAUACUAUCUCUGUUUUGUGAUUGUUUUAUUGUUGUUGUAAAGUGUUUCCUGGUUUAUUUUA